CGUACAUAAAUAUGGAGCGGGCAUCUAUGAAUUUCAGAAUCACUGUCACCAGGUGUGAGCAGUAGUCGGCUGGAACUUGACAUUUUACACCGGAUUGCGAUUCAAUAGAAUCUUUCGGAAUGAAUAAAGUAAUCUGCGUUAUUUUGCUCUCUACGGUGUGGAUCUAUUUCUGCGAAGGAGGUGAGUAUAUUUAUUUUGAUACUCUUAUAAAUAUAUUCUUUUGUGAAAAUAUUGUAUUUGGCUUAUUAAUAAUAGUUUAUAAUUAUACUUUUACAUACGUUUUUUUCGAUUUAUAUGAAUUGAUUUGAUAAAUAUUCGAAUGUUUGUUAUGGAAAAUAAUAGAUGAGUGGAUACAAUAAUAUAACUUUGUAUAGCCUUCUAAAUGUUGCAAUAUCUUUUCAGUGGACCCUUGCUGUGCACAACCAUGUGAAAAUAGGGGCUUCUGUAAUUCAAAAGGCUUCGACGACUAUGAGUGUGAAUGCACAAGAACUGGAUAUUAUGGAAAGAACUGCACAACUCGUAUGUUUUUUUUUUUUUUUAGGACAUCUAAUACAAAUUCCAUCGAUAUUAUGUAUAUCAUUAUUCACAAGGAGUAUUCGAUAUUGUUAUUAUAAAUAUGUCCCACUUCUCUCCACUCUGCAGCUGAAUUCCUAACAUGGAUAAAGAUAUCAUUGAAACCAGCUCCGAACACUGUGCACUACUUCCUUACACACUACAAAGGAGUGUGGAAUGUCAUCAACAAGAUCACUUUUGUGAGAAAUGCUAUCAUGAGCUAUGUCUUGACAUGUAGGUUGAAAUAAUAUCACAUUUUUGAUAGUUCAUGAAUGAAAGACAGUUGAGUCCAUUUAUUAUUUGGAUAUACCUGUAUGAUAUUUACUGAUAUGGGAAGGAUGGAGAUAAAUAAAUUAAGGAAAUAUGAGUAAGUCUUACAUUAAAUGUAACAGAUUACAUCAUUAGCUCAGCUUCUGAACAAAUUAGAUAAUGUUGCUCUUUGCCUCUCUAUUUAAUAGCCCGCUCACAUUUGGUGGACAGCCCACCGACUUACAAUGCUGAUUAUGGCUACAAGAGCUGGGAGGCUUACUCCAACCUGUCUUACUAUACACGGACCCUUCCUCCAUUGCCAAAGGGCUGUCCUACACCUAUGGGAACUGCAGGUGAGUGAGCUCCCGCCUAACCAGUCUUUUGGAAUUCCUUAUCUGAGACCAUGGAAGCCUUAGAAAUUCACUUCAGACCGGUUUCUAAAACAUUCCCACCAGUCAAAAGUCACAGCCUUCUAAAGUUUCCAAGACGAGACUGAACAAUAUGGCAGUUGAAUGAACAUAUUAAAACUGUCGUUAGUAACCGAAUAAAGAUUUUGUUGAGGUAGGACCCCAAGUAUUUUGCUAACAUCGCUCCUUCUCCUCAUAGGAAGAGCCGUGCUUCCAGAUGCCAAGCUUGUGGUGGAGAAGGUUAUGUUGAGGAAGCGGUUCAUUCCGGAUCCUCAGGGUUCCAAUCUCAUGUUCGCCUUCUUCGCCCAGCACUUCAGCCACCAGUUCUUCAAAUCAGACUUCAAGAAAGGACCAGCUUUCACCAAAGCCUUGGGUCAUGGCGUAAGUCUAAUUUACAAUACAUGACAAAUAGUGGCUCUGUCACAUGAAAAUAUGUUCCCAUUGUGUGUCAUAGUUGACUUUAACUUAGGCUUGGAGUGUAUGAUUGGACUCACUCUUUACCUCUGUGUUUCAGGUGGACUUACACCAUGUCUAUGGAGACACUCUGGAGAGACAGCACAAGCUGAGGCAGUUCAAGGAUGGCAAACUGAAGUAUCAGGUUGUGAAUGGCGAGGUCUACCCCCCAUUGGUAAGGGAGGUUGGGGUAGAGAUGCACUAUCCACCCCUCGUGCCCGAGGAGCACCGCUUCGCUGUGGGCCACGAGCAUUUUGGCCUGGUCCCCGGCCUCAUGAUGUAUGCCACCAUCUGGCUGAGAGAGCACAACCGCGUCUGUGACGUCAUGAGGCAGGAGCAUCCCGAAUGGGACGACGAACGGAUUUUCCAGACCACACGCCUCAUCCUAAUUGGUGAGUUACCAGUAAUAAAACUGGACACGACUACUGUGUAUACUGUACUGUCUUAGACUCUUCAGGUCCUUAUGAUGGGAAUCAUAUAUGAUCAAAGUGAGGCAAUGUUUGAGAGUGUUUUAUAAACCGUACAAUGCAUACAAAUUAAGACAGCUCUGUGUAAAACAGAUCAAAAAACUAAAUUUGGUGGGUGUCAGGUAUUUAUAGAGCAAUAUCUCACCAAUCUUAUCUCAUCCAUUCCCUUCCUUCCUUCCUUCCUUCUUUGCAGGCGAGACCAUAAAGAUCGUGAUCGAGGACUACGUCCAGCACCUGAGCGGCUACCACUUCCAACUCAAGUUCGACCCGGAGCUCCUGUUCAACCAGCGCUUCCAGUACCAGAACCGUAUCGCAGCUGAGUUCAAUACCCUGUACCACUGGCACCCACUGAUGCCUGACACCUUCAACAUCGAGGGCCGCGUCUACACCUACCCCCAGUUUGUCUUCAACAACUCCCUGGUCACAGAGCACGGCAUCAACAACCUGGUGGAGUCCUUCACCAAGCAGAUCGCUGGAAGGGUGGGUUGUCUAGUGUACAUUGGGGUCCUAUGGGGAGUAGUGGGAAUGGGGGGGGGGGGGGGACACUCGAUGCUGGAACAUCCUUACAGCAAUAGUAUUUAAUUGAGGCCUAAGUGACAACUGUUUUGUCACAAGUAAACGGGAAUCUCAGUAUAAAUCCAAUGUCAAAUGUUAGGCAUGGUAGUCCUUUCUAAGUGAACAAUUCCCCAACUCCUGAUACAGCUCCACCAAUUAAUCUUGAUACCUCUUGGUUCCCAGGUGGCUGGUGGGCGUAACCUGCCUCCUGCAGUAGUGGGCGUGGCAGCUAAGGCCCUGGAGCACAGCAGAGACAUGCGUUACCAGUCCCUCAACGCCUACAGGAAACGCUUCAACAUGAGGGCCUACUCCUCGUUCGAGGACCUCACAGGUGAGAAACAACAUAGUGUGAGACACACAUAAUCUUAAAGGGAUAGUUCGGGAUUUUGGCAUUGAAGCCCUGUAUCUAUUUCCCCAGAGUCACAUGAACGAAUCUGUGGAUACCAUUUUCCAGAGACAUAAAAAUGGUAUCCAUGAGUUCAUCUGACUCUGGGAAAAUAGAUAAAGGCCUUAAUUUCCAAAAUUGUGAACUAUCCCUUUAAUAUUGCUAUUUAUUUAUCCUCAAUCUAACUAGGUGAAAGGUUUAAUUUAGUAAGCACAGGUGCAUGGCAACUGAAGUAGUCCCUGGAUAAAGCGAUAGGAUUGGUUCAGUCAGGCCCAGCUGUUUUGUUAUUGGCAUGGUUACCACCUCCAUGACAGCUGCUGAUAUAGAGGGUGGGCAGGGAGUGGCUGUUGCCUAUUAUACCCUGAAGGUGUAUUAUUAAAGUCUGCACAUGUAAUCUUCAAUGUAUAAUUACAUACACAUUUAUACUCUCACAUGAGAUUCACACAAGGUUCCAGUGUAUGUUGUCUAUACUUGCGUCAUUGAGUUCCUAUAAAGACCAAAACACAGACUUGUCAUAGCAUGCACCUUCCCACUGGGCACACACAGGUUGAAUCAAAGUUUCAAUGAAAUUACGUUGAACCAACGUGGAAUAGAUGUUGAAUUGACGUCUGUGCCCAGUGGGUUGUUCGUUUACUUUUCUUUUGUGAGUGGAGGAUUUAAUAGACGUGUGUGACUAGUAAUGACUUAUAUACAGUGAGGGAAAAAAGUAUUUGAUCCCCUGCUGAUUUUGUACGUUUGCCCACUGACAAAGAAAUGAUCAGUCUAUAAUUUUAAUGGUAGGUUUAUUUGAACAGUGAGAGACAGAAUAACAACAAAAAAAUCCAGAAACACGCAUGUCAAAAAUGUUAUAAAUUGAUUUGCAUUUUAAUGAGGGAAAUAAGUAUUUGACCCCUCUGCAAAACAUGACUUAGUACUUGGUGGCAAAACCCUUGUUGGCAAUCACAGAGGUCAGACGUUUCUUGUAGUUGGCCACCAGGUUUGCACACAUCUCAGGAGGGAUUUUGUCCCACUCCUCUUUGCAGAUCUUCUCCAAGUCAUUAAGGUUUCGAGGCUGACGUUUGGCAACUCGAACCUUCAGCUCCCUCCACAGAUUUUCUAUGGGAUUAAGGUCUGGAGACUGGCUAGGCCACUCCAGGACCUUAAUGUGCCUCUUCUUGAGCCACUCCUUUGUUGCCUUGGCCGUGUAUUUCCGGUCAUUGUCAUGCUGGAAUAUCCAUCCACGACCCAUUUUCAAUGCACUGGCUGAGGGAAGGAGGUUCUCACCCAAGAUUUGAUGGUACAUGGCCCUGUCCAUUGUCCCUUUGAUGCAGUGAAGUUGUCCUGUCCCCUUAGCAGAAAAACACCCCCAAAGUAUAAUGUUUCCACCUCCAUGUUUGACGGUGGGGAUGGUGUUCUUGGGGUCAUAGGCAGCAUUCCUCCUCCUCCAAACAUGGCGAGUUGAGUUGAUGCCAAAGAGCUCAAUUUUGGUCUCAUCUGACCACAAUACUUUCACCCAGUUCUCCUCUGAAUCAUUCAGAUGUUCAUUGGCAAACUUCAGACGGGCAUGUAUAUGUGCUUUCUUGAGCAGGGGGACCUUGCGGGCGCUGCAGGAUUUCAGUCCUUCACGGCGUAGUGUGUUACCAAUUGUUUCCUUGGUGACUAUGGUCCCAGCUGCCUUGAGAUCAUUGACAAGAUCCUCCCGUGUAGUUCUGGGCUGAUUCCUCACCAUUCUCAUGAUCAUUGCAACUCUACGAGGUGAGAUUUUGCAUGGAGCCCCAGGCCGAGGGAGAUUGACAGUUCAUUUGUGUUUCUUCCAUUUGCGAAUAAUCGCACCAACUGUUGUCACCUUCUCACCAAGCUGCUUGGCGAUGGUCUUGUAGCCCAUUCCAGCCUUGUGUAGGUCUACAAUCUUGUCCCUUACAUCCUUGGAGAGCUCUUUGGUCUUGGCCAUGGUGGAGAGUUUGGAAUCUGAUUGAUUGAUUGCUUCUGUGGACAGGCGUCUUUUAUACAGGUACCAAACUGAGAUUAGGAGCACUCCCUUUAAGAGUGUUCUCCUAAUCUCAACUCGUUACCUGUAUAAAAGACACCUGGGAGCCAGAAAUCUUUCUGAUUGAGAGGGGGUCAAAUACUUAUUUCCCUCAUUAAAAUGCAAAUCAAUUUAUAAUAUUUUUGACAUGCAUUUUUCUGGAUUUCUUUGUUGUUAUUCUGUCUCUCACUGUUCAAAUAAAUCUACCAUUAAAAUUAUAGACUGAUACUUUCUUUGUCAGUGGUCAAACAUACAAAAUCAGCAGGGGAUCAAAUACUUUUUUCCCUCACUUUAUACGCUAGAUGACUGAUAGUGCCAAUAUGGCCGACUGGUGGCUUCAAAGCCUUACAAUGGCCAAUACAUAGCAUCAGCAAUCCAGGGUUUAUAUACACAAUUGGUGACUAGCAGGCUAGAUUUAUUAACCCUUCGUUGUUCUGUGGGUGUUGCAGGAGAGACAGAGCUGGCGGCAGAGCUGGAGAGUCUAUAUGGGGAAGUGGAUGCUGUGGAGCUGUACACAGGCCUUCUGGUGGAGCGCCCCAGACCUAACUCUGUCUUCGGGGAGACUAUGAUCGAAAUGGGCUCCCCCUACUCCCUGAAAGGUCUCCUGGGAAACCCCAUUUGCUCGCCGGAAUACUGGAUGCCCAGCACGUUCGGAGGGAGUGCGGGAUUUGACAUCGUCAACACUGCUUCAUUGAAGAGGCUGGUGUGCAGCAAUGUCAAGGGUCCUUGUCCCAUGGUGUCUUUUCAAGUGCCAGAUAUUUUUAGAGUGUUUGAGCACGCGUCAGCCAACGCAAGCGAGACACACCCGAGUGACGUGAACCCAGGUGUUCUGCUGAAAGAAAGGAAUUCAGAGCUUUAAAGAACUAAAGCAAUAGGUUUUAUUCAAAUACACUUAGCACUGUCUAGUGUUCUAAAGUUGCUCUCAUUUUAGGUUGUUUUGCUUUAUUU